GGCUGCAGUGAGCUGUGAUUGUGCCACUGUACUCCAGCCUGGGCUACAGAGGUGAGACUCUGUCUCAAAAAACAAACAAACAAAAAGGCUUCCUAGCAGCACUGGUGCCACAACUGACAUAGCAGCUAUAGCUAGAACAGUUGAAUUUCCUGGCUGCUCUCAUCAAAUUGGGUCAGAGUUCUGUGUGGCCAGCACCAUCUCACCAAAUCUCCAGGCUCCCCGCUGGUGGGUCAGCAGCAGCUGGUGUGACAAAGCACUGGCCUCUGGGAGCUAAGCCCUGGCCUGGGUCUGGGUCAGCUCUGCAAGGGUGCUUUCCUCCUUCCUGCAAGCUCUGCUUUCCAUUUUUCUUCUAAACUGCCAUCACUUCAUGAAAUCCCUGGGCUUCCCUCCUCCAGAGUUGGCUGGGAAGUGAACCAUGUUCCCAAGACCAGCCUCCAGAUCAUUUGCCUCAAAGGUUUUCCUUGGAAGUCACAAACGUUUCAAAGAAUCUCAAAUUUUACAAAGUUUGAAGUGUGGGCAUUGGUGGCCUGUGGCUGUGUCCUCUCUAUGUAGCUGUUUUCUCCCCACAUCCCUGAAAGGAAGCUGAGCCUGCUCCUCCCUCCACAGACCUCCCUUUCCAGGGCCCAGGGCGUGGAGUGCUGUGAGGGCAGUGUGCUAGGCGUGACCGUGCUCCUGGCCUCCAGGCCCAUCUCCCUCUGUCAUCUAGCUCAAUAAGGCCCUGGCCUAUUUGUGCUAAACAGGCAGUCGGACCUAGAAAGAGCAGACAAUCUCUCUGGGUCACCAGUCUGGCUGGGAGCCGGUCUCCUAACUGGGAUCCAGGCCUUCUCCCCUGUCCACGUGAACUCCCAGGGGCAGAGCCUGAAGUGUUGAACACAGCACUGGCCAAAGAGAUGUCACCGUGGGAACCGAGGCCCUCUUUUCCCCCUGUCUGCUUUCCUGGGUUCAGAGGAGCUGAGGCUUGUCUGAGAGGAGGUGGAGUGCUGGUUUUCACCCUGGUUGGUGUUCUUUGCUUUGAGGGCACUUAGAAAGCCCAGCCCAGCCCUUGCUCCCACCCUGCACACAGUGGAGAGACUCUUCUAGGUAUGCUCUUGACUUCUGCAGAAGUAGUGGGUGGCACGGAGCCAAGAGGAAGUGUGACUGAAACUGUCCACUCAUAGCCCGGGUGCCGCAUUGAGAAGGCUUGGUGGGAAACUAAUGCUGUGGCUGACGCAAGCAGCCAGGUCCCAGGGCUGUUUGCUGUCCUGCUUCCUCCCUGUCUGUGGGACUUGGGGGAGGUGCUGGUCCUGGCCUGUCGAGGCAUUGUUCUCUGGACUCCCUCUUUUCCCAGAUGAGCUUCCCUUUAGGGGAGGGGUUUCCAGCCCCUGUUACCCUGAGGGUCUCACAAGCCCUGGAAGAAGUGUCUGGAUUAGUCAGAGCACUGGGAGCUUCUCUCUCCCCAGGCGGCCCCCAGCCCAGGGAGCCUAUGCCUGUGGGAAGCCCAGGAGUCACUUCCCUGGAGCCUGUGCUUUGUGCCUGGCCCUGUGCUCAGAGCUUUGUAGUCAUUCUCACCUCAGUCUUCAUAGCUGCCCAGGGAGGGACCUUUCUAGAGAGGAAGGCAGGCCCUGGCCUUCAGUCCCAUGUCCAGGUUCUCAGAGCUAGGAAUACAGAGCCCAGCCAGGAUUUGAACUCAGGGCUACAUAAUUUCAAAGUCCAUGGCACAAAGGACUCUGUGAGCUGGAUGGCUCCUUUCACAGCUGCUCAGACCUGCGUCAUCCGGGCCUGGGACCGCAGCAAGCCCCUGCUCUUCUGCCCAGCCAUGAACACCGCCAUGUGGGAGCACCCUAUCACAGCGCAGCAGGUAGACCAGCUCAAGGCCUUCGGCUAUGUCGAGAUCCCCUGUGUGGCCAAGAAGCUGGUGUGUGGAGACGAAGCCUGGUGACUUGAUGCUGAUUAAGACUUGGAAAGAAGACAAGCUCCACCCAAGCUGGGAAGGUCCCUAUCAAGUGCUCCUGACCACAGAGAUGGCCCUGCAAACAGCUGAAUGGAGAUGGACCCACUAUACUAGAGUCAAGGGACUGGUAAAAGAGCCCCUGGAAGGGAGGGAAAAAGACCAGUGGAAAGUGCCCGAGUCUAACUUUAACUUUAAGGAAUCCUUAAAGUUAACUCUAAGAAAAAUUUAAAAAGAAAACAUGGGCUGGCCCCAUUUCUGGAAGUUAAUAUAACUGGGAUGGGCUACUAUGCAAAGAGCAGAAGGUCAAAAUGGAAACUGGCAGGGGACUCCUCUCUACCCAGUCAGGUUGGUGAUUAAUGUGACCAAGACAGUCGCACCCCAGACUAUAAGAUUUAAUGCCUGCCAGGUUUUACCUUGUGGAAAUUAAAAAAAUCAGAGACAGAUCUCACAGGCAGAUAAGUAUCUUUGCCCUAAACCAAAUACAGGUUACAGUAGGGCAUCACCCUGCCCAAACUGGGAUAACAUAUAGUGGACUACCCAAUUUCAGGGUUGGACAGUAAACAUGGGGUGGGUAACUCCAAGCUGGAGACCCCUAAAGAAUAAACUACAUCUGUCCAAGGGCUUCCUGCCACAUAACUGCCAGAAUUUUUUUUGAGACGAGUCUCCCUCUGUCGCCCAGGCUGGAGUGCAGUGGCCGAUCUCUGCUCACACACACAGGAGGAGAUCGAAACCAU